UGUCAGUCAUUUUUAAAUUUGUGGUUUAUACUUUGUUUAUUUUAAAAGUUACUUAAAUUUUAUUUGUUCGUACUAUAUACAUUUAAAAUGACAAAUACAAAACAGAUGAAAAUUACUAAGCUGUUUAAAAAGGGUGCAACGAAGAUAGCAGAAGAUAAUACAGAACUCCGAGAUGAGAUUAAAGAAUUAGAAAAUAAAUUAAAAGAAAAACAUAAUGAAUUAUUUCAAAUUCAAAGAAAUAAGAAUCGGAAAAAAGUUUCUUCAAUAAAUAAAAAAAAAGAUACUUUUAUCAGACCGCAGAAAAUUGUCCUGAGUAACUCUGUAGAAAGCUUAAAACGGAGUCUAGAACUAAUAUCAAUGCUAACAGGCAUGGAAGUCCAAUCUUAUGUAGCGGAUGAUCAUUGCUGCAUCGUCUACCACAUGCAGCAUAGUUCUGGACAUCUUGUCAAACAUGGCCUUAGAAUUGACAUGAGUUCUGAUGGGAAUGUGGUAUCUAAAUCUUCACUUCCUGUUGGUUUCAACUUAAAGGCAGUGAUGGAAGACUUUGAUAAUGUCAUGAUGCCAGAUUGUCUUGGUUCAAUCAGAAAGGCCUUAGUAGCAUAUUAUGAUAGAUUAGAGCAAUUUGAAGCAUUGAAGAAACUAUUAAACAUAGAAGCUGAAAUGUUUAAAAUACUUGAUGGUUCACACAUGGAGAUCACAUUCUUUGCUCAGAGCCAAGUAGAAGAGGAAGAACAGUUCAGUGUUACUCUCAUACUGGACUAUCGGGUCUAUGAUAUCAGGCCAAAAACUUAUUGCUUUAAGGAAAUUGAUCUACCAGAAGGAGCUUCAGAGAUAUUGAAAGAGCAGUGUUUAGUUUUCAAAAGAAAGGCAUUGAACAAAGCUUUUAAGGAAACAUUUAUGAAUGAUAUUGGCACAUACAAACUUGUUCAACAGCUUGGACCUCGACGUUCAGCUCAUGAUGUCAGAAAGACAAAACGAUUGAGGCCUAACAAACACCAAUACAAUAAUGAUGAUACUUUCCUCCCUGAGGAUUGUUCGGAUCAGGGUGAUGAUGAUGAUGUCAUUGAAGAUAUUGAAUAGAUAAUUAAACUAAUAAUAGGUAGUUUAAGAAAAAGUUUAAAAAAUAAUUAUUAGUAAUCUGUUAUAUUAUUCUUUAAAAUUUUUAAUGUUUUCAACAAACAUCAACCAGACAAUGAAACAAAAAUUUGAAAAAAAAAACAUUCACAUAUGUAUAUAAUUAAAAAUUAAAGGAAUUUCUAUAUUAAAAUACAAUUUAUAAUUUUGAAAUAAUUCGUUUUUACUAUAAUUAUAGAAAAGUAUAUUAUAAGUUCACAUACAUACAUAAUAUAUAGUAUUUUAUCGAAAUAAAAAACAUGAUUUUUACAACAUAACAUUUACAUUGAUCAUACAUUAAUCUAGUGAUUUAAUUAUUAAAAUUGUCCACUUUUUUUAUGUAACUUUUCGCAUAUUAAUUUUUCUAACAGUAUUUUAGAAGAUAUUUUGUGCGAUGAGAU